GGGAUUUUCUUUAUAUUUAUUUUUCACUCCGCCCGGGAACGGUGAAGUGCUUCCUCUGCAUGAUUUUAGCUGAAGGAUGCUCUGCAUUUCCUUGAUUUCUAUGGAGACCUCAGAGCUGGGUUUGCCCCUGCUGACACCUCAUCUUGUAACUUCUCUACCUCCCAAGGUCUUUGCCCCUGUCGAUAGCUUGGCAUUGGCCCUGGGUCCAGGAAGCCUGUGAUGAACUUGAGGGGAGCACCUGGAGAAUCACCCUGAUAGGCUUUGAGCAGCCAUGGCUAGACGUACUUCGAGCCACGCGUUAACAUGGGUCAAGCCGUCACUAGAAGGCAAGUGCUAAGACUAAAGGCUUAUUUGCAUUUUAUUUAAAUCUGAUGGACUGAGCUUUGGACAAUUUCCAUGGCAGAAAAAUAUAUUCCAUUUUCUAGGCACAACUGCGGGCUGUCAGAUACUUGUCGCCUUUGAGUCCUGCGGCAUCACCACCAACCACAUCCUAGACGUAUUUCCAAAUUCGAACAGCCACCCGAAAACAGGUGUUUGGGAGACCCCAGCAUUUUUUGACUUGGGCUUGAGAGUGCUAGGUUGUUUAUCUAGACCAGCCAAGCUCUGGAGAGCAAUGUUGAAUCCCUGGGAACAGAGAGCAUGGGGCGUACUGAUUUAAAAACAGAAAAUGCAAAGUUGGACUGAAAAUAUCCUUAGUCUUCCAAGCAAUCUGCUUAAGGGUUCCAAACUUACCUUAAUUUGGUGAGAAAAGAAGUUGCCCUAUUUUUCUUUCUUCUUCUUCUACAACUGGAACCAGCCAUUUCCAAAAACCACCACCAUGGAGGUUGCAAUGGUGAGUGCAGAGAGCUCAGGGUGUAACAGUCACAUGCCUUAUGGUUACGCAGCCCAGGCCCGGGCCCGGGAGCGGGAGAGGCUCGCUCACUCGAGGGCCGCCGCGGCUGCCGCUGUGGCAGCUGCCACAGCUGCUGUGGAAGGCAGCGGGGGUUCCGGAGGUGGCUCUCACCACCACCACCAGUCGCAUGGGGCCUGCACCUCCCAUGACCCUCAGGGUGGCCGGGGGAGUCGGAGGAGGAGGCGCCAGCGGCCUGAGAAGAAGAAAGCCCACCACCGUCAGAGCAGCUUUCCUCAUUGCUCUGACCUGAUGCCCAGUGGCUCUGAGGAGAAGAUCCUGAGGGAGCUGAGCGAGGAAGAGGAAGAGGAAGAAGAGGAGGAGGAGGAGGAAGAGGAGGGAAGGUUUUAUUAUAGUGAAGAUGACCAUGGUGACGAAUGUUCCUACACGGACCUGCUGCCUCAGGAUGACGGGGGCGGUGGUGGCUAUAGUUCAGUCCGCUACAGCGACUGCUGUGAACGUGUAGUGAUAAAUGUAUCAGGCCUGCGCUUUGAAACCCAGAUGAAGACUCUGGCCCAGUUUCCAGAGACUUUGUUGGGAGACCCUGAGAAGAGGACUCAGUACUUUGACCCUUUGCGUAAUGAGUAUUUUUUUGACAGGAACAGGCCUAGCUUUGAUGCCAUCUUAUAUUACUACCAAUCAGGAGGCCGCCUCAAGAGGCCAGUCAAUGUCCCCUUUGAUAUCUUCACGGAGGAGGUGAAGUUCUACCAGUUGGGAGAAGAGGCCCUGCUCAAGUUUCGGGAGGAUGAGGGCUUUGUGAGAGAGGAGGAGGACAGGGCCUUGCCAGAGAAUGAAUUCAAAAAGCAAAUUUGGCUUCUCUUUGAGUAUCCGGAGAGCUCCAGUCCAGCAAGGGGCAUAGCCAUCGUCUCCGUCCUGGUCAUCUUAAUCUCCAUUGUCAUUUUCUGCCUGGAAACUUUACCUGAGUUUAGGGACGACAGGGAUCUCAUCAUGGCACUGAGUGCAGGCGGACACAGUGGGUUGUUGAAUGACACUUCAGCACCCCACCUAGAGAACUCAGGGCACACCAUAUUCAACGACCCCUUCUUCAUCGUGGAGACAGUCUGUAUUGUUUGGUUUUCCUUCGAGUUUGUGGUUCGCUGCUUUGCUUGUCCCAGCCAAGCGCUCUUCUUCAAAAACAUCAUGAACAUCAUUGACAUUGUCUCCAUUUUGCCUUACUUCAUCACACUGGGCACCGAUCUGGCCCAGCAACAGGGGGGUGGCAACGGGCAGCAGCAGCAGGCCAUGUCCUUUGCCAUUCUCAGGAUCAUUCGUCUGGUCCGAGUAUUCCGAAUCUUCAAACUCUCCAGGCACUCCAAGGGCCUGCAGAUCCUGGGUCACACCCUCAGAGCCAGCAUGCGGGAACUGGGCCUUCUGAUCUUCUUCCUCUUCAUUGGGGUCAUCCUGUUUUCCAGCGCUGUGUAUUUUGCGGAGGCGGAUGAACCUACUACCCAUUUCCAAAGCAUCCCAGAUGCAUUUUGGUGGGCUGUGGUGACCAUGACAACUGUGGGCUAUGGGGACAUGAAGCCCAUCACUGUGGGGGGCAAGAUCGUGGGGUCCCUGUGUGCCAUUGCAGGUGUGUUAACCAUUGCUUUGCCAGUGCCAGUGAUUGUCUCUAACUUUAACUAUUUCUACCACAGAGAGACUGAAAAUGAGGAACAGACACAGCUGACACAGAAUGCAGUCAGUUGCCCAUACCUCCCUUCUAAUUUGCUGAAGAAAUUUCGGAGCUCUACUUCUUCUUCCCUGGGGGACAAGUCAGAGUAUCUAGAGAUGGAAGAAGGAGUUAAGGAAUCUCUCUGUGCAAAGGAGGGGAAGUGUCAGGGAAAGGGGGAUGACAGUGAGACAGAUAAAAACAACUGUUCUAAUGCAAAGGCUGUGGAGACCGAUGUGUGAAUCUUGUUCUCCACCCGCCACUACCCCCCCCUCCCCAAUCCCAGUAUCUCCAAAUAUAUUUAUGCAUAGAGAGUGCAGUUACGAAAAUGAAAUAUGCAAACGAACCUAAUGCAUAUAGUAGUACACCAUUUAAUGGUUAUACGUGGCAUAAUUGUUACCUUGUAUUACAUAUCAAAUAAAUGAUACAUCUUGGAGAAGAGGGAGGCUAAAAUAGGAGCAGAUCUAUCUUUAUAUUUUUUAUUAGAAUGCAAGAAUUUUGCACAUUAACUGGAAAAGAUGUUAAAAGUAAAGAUGGUUCCACGGAGAGAAUGUGUGUGUGUAUUUGUGUGUGUGUGUGUGUGUGUGUGUGUGUAAGUAAAUUGUCAGCAUUGUUAGUAAUUGUGCAAUGAUGGGAAAAGUUGGCAUUUUGAAGUAUUUACUAUGUAAGAACUAAUGAAUUCAAACCGUCAUUUAUUAGUGCUUUGAUAGCAUCUCAUGUCUUCGGAUUUCAUGGUUGUUUUUUUAAAAAAUUGUAAGAAUUACUGUGUAGAAAAAAAAAAGAAAGUGAAUUAUUUAAUAGAAUAUAGGUCACAGUUUUAUCUUGGAUUUAAUUAAAGUUUAUUUUUAACUAGAAAUUAACUUUUAAAAAGGCUGCGGGGGCCUUUAGAAAUUGAUUAUAUUUUAUUAUUAAUUUUGGGAAGAUAUGACAGCAAAUGUCUAACAAUAUGGAAGAAGUGAAAUUGGAGAAAAUGUAACAAGUUUUGUUCACAGAUAACAGGACUGGAAUUUUUUUUUUUUUUUUCCUUUGCACUACUUUAUAUGCUGGAGAUUGAGAGAGACUUCCUACUGUGAAUGUUUACUAAUGUAACAGUUCAAUGACAAUCAUUGGAAGAAUGAUUUCUUAGUCUUAUUUUAUAGUUGUUUUCUUUGUGUGAGACUAAUGGCCACGCAGAUAACAGCACAUGAUUCCCUGUUUUUAAAAUCUAAAUAACUGAUUUGCAAAGGGAAUAUGAAGUAAAAUUUAGCAACUGAAUCUGUUGAAAUUGGACUGUUACAAUGAUGCUUCUGAAACCAUCCUAUUUUAAUUAUUCUUCUGCCUUUUAAAUCCAGAAUAAUUUAACCAAAGUUAAUGCAUGCACUGAAAGAAUUCUUGAAGAAAUAAGAUGCCAGCAGCUACAGUGAUUAUGGCUUAAGAGCUUUCUAUUAAAUGUGCAACAUAAAUGCUAGAUUUAUUAAGUUUAUUUCUUUGUGCAGCUACCUAAAGGCAUAGUGUGGGGAGUCACUUCAGAACUUAGCACUCUGUUUGCUAAAACUGGUAUAAGGAAUAAUUGUGUCAGAACAUUUGGUUUCGAUAUCACCAUCAUUUUCAUUUUUGUUAACGGAUCUUAUGACACACAUAACUGUGUUUAAUUCAUGACAAGGUGUUCUAGAAUGUGAGGUAACAGCUAGCAAUUAAAUUAGACCUGCACUGUUAAGUCAUAAUGAGAUAUAAAUGAGCAAAUUUAACAUAAGAGGCCUUAUUCUCCAGUGUUUCUUCAACAUUUAUUUUUUAUAAAAUGGUUAUCCUGAAGUUUGGGAAAAGUAUACUAUGUAGCACAUAAUGAACUCUGACAACUGUGAAUAUUAAAAAAAAAAAAAAAAGAUCUAGAAUAGCUUUUCUCAAGCUUUUAAGUCCCUGGUCAUCAUUUGAUAAUAACAUAAAUCUUCUUCAAUGAUAUUUGAAAUUCCAAGUAAAUCUAAUGUUAGGUUUAAAAGCAAAGUUACACCCUUUUCCCCACCCCUUCCCCACCACUUAAAGGAAGACACCUCUCAAGAAUACCAUUUGGAGAAUGGAAAGCAGCAAGCCGGGGAGUUGAUUGAAUGCUCUGACCAAAGAUCUCUAGUGGACAAUAGAACGUGACAAAACAAGGAGAUGCAGUCUUGUAAUAAGACUUCAAAGAUGGCAUUUUAAUGUAUUUUGGAUAUGGAGCAAAAAUGUGAUAAGCAUUAGACUAGGAGGUAGGCUCUUUGGGUUGGGUCACUAUUCAUUUGAAAAAGUCACUAUAAAUCUCUGCACCCCAAUUUUCUCACUAGUGAAGCUUUUGUUACAUC